AAAAAUAUUCAUAUUACCAUUCCAAUGUUGUUUUGAUAGGCCUCCUUAUUUGAAAGUAUGGGUCUUAUGAAAUUUGAAGAUCUUUUCCUCAUAUUAAUGACACUUCAAGAUACAAAGCCAUUUUCAGAUGAAAACAUAACAGUGAUUGACACAGACUUCAGUAACAUUCCUGUUCGCCUAUAUUUGCCAAAAAGGAAAUCUGAAAGACAGAGACGAGCUAUAAUCUACAUUCAUGGUGGUGCCUUUACCUUGGGAAGCUUCAAGAUGCUGCCCUAUGAUUCCGUGAACCGAGAGACAGCCAACAAACUUGACGCGGUUGUUCUGGCACCAGACUACAGACUUGCUCCUCAGUAUUUAUACCCAGCUGCCCUAGAAGACUGCAUUUCUGCCAUCAAGUUCUUUCUCCAGGAUAAAGUUCUUGCAAAAUAUGGAGUGGAUUCCAAUCGCAUCUGUAUUUCAGGAGACAGUUCUGGGGGUGCCUUGGCAGCAACAGUGGCUCAACUGCUACAGGAUGACCCACAAUACAAGGACAAGAUUAAGGCACAAACCUUGAUAUACCCUAUGCUACAGACAAUUGAUACCUUAACACCAUCUUACCAAACAUAUAAACAUGGUCCCUUUCUGUCAAGGAGAACAGCAAUUAAGUUGGCAUGUCUAUAUAUAGCAGAUAAUAACGAAUUACCCGAGACAAUACUGAGAAAUAAUCAUGUGCCUCAAGAAUCAAGACAUCUGUUCAAGUUUGUUAACUGGAGUGACUUUCUUCCAGAGAAAUACAAAAAGAACCAUGUUUACAAGGAACCAGUUCUUGGAAACAUAAAUGCUUCUCAUCCAGCACUUAUGGAUAAUAAAGUGUCACCUUUAUUAGUCAAUGACUCUCAGUUACAGAGGUUGCCACUAACUUACAUCCUCACAUGUGAACAUGACAUCUUAAGAGAUGAUGGACUUAUUUAUGUCACACGACUCAGAAAUGCUGGAGUUCCAGUCACUCAUGACCACAUAGAAGAUGGAUUCCAUGGAGCUAUAUUAUUUGCUACGGCACCACUUAAUUUACAAUUAGGUUUAAGAGUAAGAAAGAAAUAUAUAAGUUGGUUAGAAGAAAAUCUGUAAAUCAAUGGUAUAUGUAGCUAGGCCGUCACUCUGUUAGCAACGUAAUUUCUGCCAAGGGUUUUAGUUGUGUGAUGUCCAUACAGAAAUUCAAUUUCC